GAUUCAGAUUUGAAAUUUGAAAUUAAAAAUGCUAUAACAUUAAUUUAAAUAACCAAACCGAAUUAUCCGUUAUUACCUAUUUCGAAUUGUUUUUAUGGGUCAAAAGCAAAAAUAAGAAAGGACAAAAAUUGGUUGGACCCGGAGGGUAGCUACUUGAAUUCCCGCCAAGUUUUGCCCUGUUUGUUUUAUUUCUCAAUUGGAAGAUUCAAAAUUUUGAUGGUGCAAUCGUUUGCAAAUGGCGAAUUUGAAAGCAGGCUACGGAGAUCCCAUGGUUGAAAACCUAUCUUCCAAGGUUAAGAGGAAUUCAGUUACUGCCGGUGUUUGCAUGAUGAACAAUUCCUGGAGGGACCAACAACACACAUCUUUCAUCAAUUUCAUCUCCUCCUUCCUCACUGCAAAUUCUUUCCGCCUCAACUUCGUUCCAAUUUCCCCUGACUUCAUUUUCAAUUGUGGAGGACUGUCAGUAGCAUUUAUUUUUGUUACACAAUGGGAUUGCUGCAAUGUUGAAACAAUUUUCUGCAGGGCAAAAAAACUAAAGGGACAGUUUGCUCAUCUUUAUGUUGUUGUUAACCUUCCAACUAAGGACCAAAAUGAUUCUUUUGUCCGCUCUUACUUCAAGUAUGAAAUGCAGCUUGGUAGACCAACAUUUGUGCCAGUUCAAGACAUUGAGAUGGGAUUUGAAAAGAUUGUGAAGAUAGCCCACUCUUGUGGAGUUUGCAAACAGCAGGAGGUUAAAUCAAAGUUGAAAGCUGAGAGGAAUCAAUCAGUGCAGGGGAUGGAAAAUUUCCUUAGAGUGGUCACAUCCAUACCAGGGAUCGAUAACCAUGAUGCAAAUGCGCUAAAUCAAGCAAUUGGUUCAAUUGAAGGGAUUGCUAAAGCAUCAAAGGAAUUCAUUUUGGAAGCUACAGAUCUCUCUGCUGAAAAAGCUGAGACAAUUGUACGGUUUUUCAGAGAUUCAAAGUUUUAUCUCUGUCCUAAAAUCAAUUAAGAGAAGAAACAACGAUUCCCUCCAAAUCAACUUUAGUUGAUUUAAUUUGUACUUAAAACAUGUGUGAUUCUCUUUAGGGAGUUUUUCUUGGAUUUUACUUUCAAAAUUCACACUAUCAAUGUUCCGAUUUAUAUUGAAUUCGAAAUUGAUUCAUGCAAUUAAUUUUAGUAAG